AUGUCUCCAAAUCCUCCUCAACCAGGAUCGGUGCCUCCCCGUCCCAAUGGCACGUCCAGGACCAUCAGCGAGGCGUCGCUGCAACGAGUCAAGAACCUCCCGGGGUACACCACACCGGUGUUCAAAGAAAAGGAAGAGCAGCGCGCCAAAGUCCAGGCUGAAGUAGCAAAUAAGGGCUUCAUGCCACGGGAACUCGUCGCCAACGAAGUCAACUGGUUCUACUCCCACCUCGGCAUUGACGACACAUAUUUCCAGAAUGAAUCCGUCUCCGUUAUCUCUGAUCAUAUCAUUGCGCUCUUCGGCGCUAAAGUCCUCGCUUUCACAAAGCACGACCCCAAUAAGCUUGUCAUCGAUUUAGAAAAGAUUGACGAGAAAGGAAAUGGUGCCACGUUCAUUCACACCAGUCGCCCCGGUCUUACGUCUAAAGAGGGCCCUGGCGCCACCUGCGAGUCCAGAAUUGAUGAACUGUACCUGGAUAAUUCCACGUCAGAAAAGUGCUACCGCUUAGAAACCUAUCGUUCAACUGGAUCCAUCUCUGCAACCGCUUCUCAACAACUCCGCUGUUACUUCAUCACCAAGUGUAAUUUCCCUUCCCCUCCCCCUCCUUCGACGCGCACAGAUGGAAAGACCGACAUCCGCACCGUUUCGGAUCGCUCUUUUCUUGAGAGAGCGACCGAACAUACACUCCAAGUAUAUCAAGAGAUCAUGUGGCAGGUCGAGAGUCGUUCCGGUCCCGUUAUGGAGGUUUUUGAGGUCGAAGGUAGCCGCGAAAGGCGCCUUGUCAUCGGGUACAAGAUGGGAGGGACUUCCCGAUUCUUUAGCGCACUGUCCAACCUGUAUCAUUAUUACCAGCUGUACUCAGCGCGGAAGUACGUCGAGCAGUUCUCCAAUGGUGUCACCGUCAUUUCGCUGUACCUCAAUCCAUUGCCCAACUCUACCGCUCCGCCGAUCGAGAAUUCUAUAGUGCAGGUUAUGAAGGAGGCUUCGUUGCUUUAUUGCCUCCCCGACAAUCCAUUCUUCCUGGACGUUUCUGGUGCAAACCAUGCUGUUCAGGAAGCUACAUACGCCUACUGCGGAUGGGUGUUUGCACAACACUUCUGCAACCGCCUCGGGCCUGCGUACCUUCAGUUGAAAAAUACUCUUGACGAAUCGAAUCCUGCUCAUGCAGAGGUCCUGAAUAACAUUAAGAGACGUUUUCGAGAAGAAACGUUCACCCGUGAAAGUAUUGCGCAAGUUAUUCAUGCGCACUCAGAGCUCAUCCGUCUGUUGUAUGUCAACUUUGCGAUGAUCCAUUAUCCUGCCGCGACCGACGCCUCCCUCAUGCCUACGUUGUCUUACCAGCGACUGCAAACUACUCAACCUCUUUCGGACGCAGAGUUAUAUGACAAGAUUAGGCGUUCAGUCCCUAGCAAACAGGAUCUCCAAGUCCUCGAGAGCUUCCUCAUUUUCAACAAACAUGUUCUGAAGACCAACUUUUACCAGCCGACAAAGGUUGCCCUGUCUUUCCGUCUUGCACCGGAUUUCUUGCCAGAGAUCGAGUACCCCAAGCAACCUUUCGGGAUGUACUUUGUCAUUGGGAAUGAGUUCCGCGGCUUCCACCUCCGGUUUAGGGACGUCGCUCGUGGCGGCAUCCGCAUCGUGAUGUCGAGGAACAAAGAGAACUACUCUAUCAAUCAGCGGAUGUUGUUCGACGAGAACUAUGGGUUGGCUGCGACACAGUCGUUGAAGAACAAGGACAUACCUGAAGGCGGCGCCAAGGGAACUAUUCUGCCUUCGCUUGGAGCGAACCCAAGACGGUGCUUCGAAAAAUAUGUAGAUGCUGUCCUGGAUCUCUUGAUCCCCGGAAAAACUCCAGGAAUCAAGGAGCAUUUAGUUGAUUUGUACGGCAAACCUGAGCUCCUCUUCUUCGGACCUGAUGAGGGUACUGCCGAUAUGAUGGACUGGGCGGCCAUGCAUGCACGCGACCGCGGCGCAGACACGUGGUGGAAGUCGUUCACUACCGGAAAGAGUGCUCAACGACUCGGCGGUGUUCCCCACGAUACCUAUGGAAUGACAUCACUGUCAAUCCGGCAAUAUGUCCUCGGAAUAUACAAGCAGCUCGGUCUCAGAGAAAAGGACGUAACUAAGGUGCAGACGGGUGGACCCGAUGGUGAUCUUGGAUCGAACGAAAUUUUGUUGAGUUCUGAUAAGACCGUCGCGGUUAUUGACGGGAGUGGUGUCGCCGCCGACCCUCAGGGCCUCAACCGCGAAGAACUCGUUCGCCUCGCCAAGCUCCGUGUGCCUGUAUGCAACUUCGACAAGUCCAAGCUGAGCAAGGACGGUUAUCUUGUCAAGGUCGAGGACCAAGAUGUCAAGUUGCCCUCCGGAGAGAUUGUGCUUGACGGAACUGACUUCAGGAAUGGUGCACACUUCCGUUUUAAGGCGGACAUCUUCGUACCUUGUGGUGGGCGUCCCGAGGCGGUGAACAUUUCGAAUGUAGCGGGCUUGGUCGAUACGGAAGGCAAACCUCAUUACAAGUACAUCGUCGAAGGCGCCAAUCUCUUUUUCACGCAACAAGCACGUAUGUUUCUCGAAAAGCGGAAGGUCAUCCUUUUCAAGGACUCCAGUGCUAACAAAGGUGGCGUGACGAGCUCCUCGCUGGAAGUUCUUGCUGGUCUCGCACUCUCUACCGAAGAAUAUGUCGAUCUCAUGAUCUUUAAGGACGGCAAACCGUCUGACUUCUACAAGAGCUACGUGAAGGACAUCCAGUCCAAGAUCACUGAGAACGCCGCGGCCGAGUUCCAGUGCAUAUGGCGGGAGCACGCGCGUCUCCAAGGUGCCAAGUCACGCACCCAGAUUUCGGAUGAACUCUCGAGUACCCUCAAUGACCUUCAAGCAGAGCUUGAGGCGUCGGACUUGUUCAACGACCUUCCAAGCAGGAAGGGCGUCAUACAGAAAGCGAUCCCCAGGACACUAGUUGACCAGGUCGGGCUAGAUACCCUAUUGGAUAGACUCCCGGAAUCGUAUCAACGUGCCUUGUUCUCUAGCUGGGUUGCUUCCCACUUCAUCUAUAAGUACGGUGUGAAUGGUUCUAACGUAGACUUCUUCCACUUCGCCCGGGAUCUUGCACAAUAA